AAAAUGGGCCGAUUUAGCAAGAUGAGCCGCAAAAGAAAUAGUCCGGCCUGGCCCAAAUAGUGUGGCCAUCACUCAUCAGUUCUAGAAAUCCAGUCUCAGCCCAUCCAAAUCGCCAUUUACAACUGCGAAGGUGCAAAGGCAUAAGCUGCAACCUUAUCACUUUCCCAGUUGCGAUGGCACUACAGGUCACCUCCAGUGGCUUCUCUUUCAUGGGGUUUUAGGUUAGUCUCUGUUGAAUCUUGUGAUUAUCUUGAAGCAAGAAUGGCUGCAGUAGCAGGGAUAGUGAAGCUAUCUUCAUCAUCAAUAUCAUUAGCAUGGCACUACAGGCUGUAUCAAGUACAUUCGUCUUCCAAGAUUGAGUACAGACAUGAACAACCAUAUGCGGAUCAAAAUUGUUGGACCCUCUACACCAGCAGUUGCUUGGAAAAACUUAGAAAUGCCGGCUUCUCUAAAUGUAAACCAAAAACCUUGAAGCCCUGCUUAUGUUUUGCGCCAAAUUACCCUGCUGAUUUGCACCAAAAUCAAACUCACUUGGCGCUCUUGACACCUCUGUAUGCAAGCUUGAAAGGUCCAAGAGGCUUUGGACCAGCUCCUAAGAAAACCAAAAAGGAAAAGAUGUCGAGGACUACCAGCAUUGAUGACGAUGACUAUGAUGAAAUGGAAGAACGGGAUGGAGGCGUAAUUCCAGAGAUAGUGACUAACAGAAUGAUAAGUAGAAUGGGUUUGUCGGUGGGGAUUCCACUAUUUAUUGGCCUGCUGUUCUUCCCUUUCUUUUAUUAUCUGAAGGCGGUUCAAAAGAUUGAUAUUCCUACAUGGGUGCCUUUGAUAGUGUCCUUCUUCUUCUUUGGAACAGCUCUGCUGGGUGUGAGUUAUGGUAUUGUGUCCUCCAGCUGGGAUCCCAUGAGAGAAGGCUCACUCUUGGGUUGGAAUGAGGCUCAGAAGAAUUGGCCUGUUUUUUGGCAGUCUUUUUGGGGAAGAUCUGGCAGAAAACAUAAAAACUCGAAUAGACGUGGGGAUUUAAGUCUGUAAUUUGUUUGGAAGAAGAUCCAGGACCGACCAUUCAUGCACCCCAACCACAUUGUGUAUAGAGAGGGCCAAGGGCCCAUGCAAUAGAAGUAAAUAAUUGCAGUUUCCUUGUAGUUUUAAUUACAGACACAUUUUAGUCUAUUUAUCAGUAUGUGUCCACAUAAUGUUUUGAAAAUACACUAGACGUCUGUAAUUAAAACUAUACAGUGAAUUCUAAUGUAGGGGCCCUCGUCGGUGUAGGACAUUCUCUCUCUCUAUUUUCUUAGAAUAUUUCACUGUAUUCAU